AUGGACGAUUGUUUUUGGUCUUCUUGGAAACAAGAUGCUGUUUUUCAGCAACUAAGCAACUGGGAUCAUUCCUCCACUGUUCAAUGCAAUGCUUCAGAUCACGGCGGCGGUGGUGGUGGUGGUGGUGGUGGUGGUGGUGGUGGCAACCGUGGUGGUGAAUGGGAAGAUGGAAAAGGAGGAAAUGCUUCCAAGAACCAUAGCGAAGCUGAAAAGAGGCGUAGAGAUAGGAUCAAUUCACAUCUUGCUACUUUAAGAAAUGUCGUCUCCACUUCAGAUAAGAUGGACAAGGCAACACUAUUAGGAAAGGUCGUUGAGCAUCUAAAAGAAUUGAAGUCAGAAACAAUGGAAUUAAGCAAAAUGUUUACAAUUCCUACAGAUUUGGAUGAAGUAAUCAUUGAUCUUGAUUCUAAUGUUGGGGACUCUAGUAACAAUGUUUUCAUCAAGGCUUCUGUUUGUUGUGACGAUCGACCAGAACUAUUUUCAGAGAUAAAGCAAGCGCUUCAAAGCCUAAGGUCGACCAUGGUCCAAGCUGAAAUGACUUGUUUAGGUGGGAGGAUUAAAUGCAACUUCAUAUUUUGUGUCACGAAUGAUACGCAUGAGAAUGAAAUGAUAACGUUGAGACAAUCUCUAAGUAGAAUUGUUUCUACGUCAUCUUGGACAGCUUCAUCAAACUAUCGCAUCAAAAGCAAGCGUCAAAGGUUCUUUUGUUCUUCUAAUUACGACACCAAUGAUCAUUCAUAGAGAAACCAUUUAUGCAUUAUGAGCAUCACAACAUAGAUCGUUGUUAAGACUUAAGAGCUCAUGUUGGUAUUCAUAUAUAACUUUUUCCAACAUUCAGGUCAUUUACAAUGUUUUUAGUUUAUUAUUUCAUGUUCUUUUUGUUUCACCUAAAGUUUAUGUAUUGGGCGAGACAGCUUUUUUUAAUGCUUGAUCAAUGUAUUGCGGAAAUCUAAAGGUAUUUAUAAAGAUUUGAUUAUUCUUAUAUCAAA